ACAACUAUACUCUUACCUGUCAGCCUCUCUGUCCUCUCCUUCUCUUUCCCUGUCUCUCUCUCCACCCUCUUUCCCACUUCUUAUUUAAUUCCCUCUUGACCAUUCUCAAUUUCUCAUUCUCGUCCCCCCAACGUGCACGCUAAUUCUCUACCUCUUGGAUCCGUCGCUGAUUCCCUUUGUUCAUCGGAGAACAAUGCCGGAGAUGGUGGUGAAUGCUGCUGCUAAUUCCAGCUCCAACGGCGGUGCCGCCGUUGUUAAUAAUGGGCAUCAGUUCGGUGACACCACGCUCACCAAAGUGUUUGUUGGAGGACUGGCUUGGGAGACUCCGAAGGACGCCAUGAGAGAGCAUUUUCAGAAGUACGGCGAGAUCCUCGAGGCCGUCAUUAUCUCCGAUAAGGCCACCGGCAGAUCCAAGGGCUAUGGCUUCGUGACAUUUAAGGAAGCUGAAGCUGCUAAGAAGGCCUGUGAGGAUCCUACGCCGAUCAUCAAUGGCCGCCGAGCCAACUGCAAUCUGGCUUCGCUCGGCGCGCGACGCCCAAGGUCCACCAACACUUCGCCGCCUCGUCAACAAGGAUCGAACGGCGGAGGACAAAGGAACGCCCAGAGCGCCCCACCACCGCCAGCCAAUCACGUCCAGUGGUAUUAUCCGGUGGGGUCACCUGCUUCACAUUUCCACCAUCACCACCCCCAUCAGCCAGUUCCUCUCUAUGGGUAUACCCCAACGUACAUUCCAACUGACAUCAACUACAACCAGAAGCUGAGCUACACUGGCGGUGGGCCCUAUAUGAAUGGUUACUACUCUCCAAUGUACCCGAGUCAGGCUAUGGUGGGCGGUGGGAACACAAUGAUGCCCAUGUACCCUGUUUAUCAGUACCAUCAAACGCACACGGUGGGACUAUCUGCCCACAUAUUCCAACCAACCACGGCUGGGCACGUGGCCAUCAUGUCGAAGCCCGCGUCCAUGACUCCUAACACAGUUUGUUUGGGUGUGGAAUAGGUAUUGUUGGGAGAGGUGAAAGCUUGAAAAAGGUUGGCUGAGGAAAGGAGCACAGAUACAGUGCAUGCAUAGUUGGCAAAUAACUGAAGGGAGAGGAAGGUGGUGGGUGCACAGAGCAACAUUAUUAUCUCAUCUGUCUUGUCUCUACUCUCCAAUUCUUUCUUUUCUUUUUCUUGUUAAUCUUCUUUUUCUUCUUUAAUUUAUUUAUGUAUUGGUUCAAAUUUUAAUUCUUAAUCUUAAUCUUAAUUAGGUAUUUUGAUUUAUAAGAUUCUUUCACUCUCCCCCCCCCCUCUCUCUAACAUCUCAGCAUGAGCUGUGAACUUUUUGAGACUAAUCUGAAUUGUUGUGCUGACGAAAUGAAUAUUGUGUUCCAACUCA